AUCCUCGCUUCCUCCUCGUCCCGGCCGCCGCCCGCCUCGGAGCUGCCGCCAUCAUGAAGGUCGAGCUGUGCAGCUUCAGCGGGUACAAGAUCUACCCGGGCCAUGGGCGCCGCUACGCCCGUACCGACGGCAAGGUUUUCCAGUUUUUGAAUGCAAAAUGUGAGUCUGCAUUCCUUUCCAAGAGAAACCCCCGUCAAAUCAACUGGACUGUUCUGUAUAGGCGUAAACACAAGAAAGGGCAGUCAGAAGAGAUACAAAAGAAGCGCACACGUCGUGCUGUUAAGUUUCAGAGGGCUAUCACUGGUGCAUCUUUAGCUGAGAUUAUGGCUAAACGAAAUCAGAAGCCCGAAGUACGAAAGGCACAGAGGGAACAAGCUAUUAGGGCUGCAAAAGAAGCCAAGAAGGCUAAGCAGGCAACCAAGAAAACAGCUGUGUCUGCUGCAAAGGCUCCUACAAAGGCAGCACCUAAGCAGAAGAUUGUGAAACCAGUCAAGGUUUCUGCUCCCCGCGUUGGUGGAAAGCGCUAACUUGCCAAACUGUUAGUCAUGCUGAAUAAACAUCUGACUAACUUUCA